AUGUCUGACCUUUUUGACGAAAAUUUAUCGUCUCUCUACUCCGAAUUCAAUCGCAUUCAUUCGGCUAUUUUCAACGACAAUAAUUUUAAGGCACUGUUUGUUAAUAAGGGGGUUUCCAUGUCAACUGACACAGUUGACAUUUGUAAAUCUCUUGAAGCCCUAUGGGUCAAGGUUAGAAUCAAUUUGUGCGCGGAUUCAAAACCAAGCGACGGUGAGAAUGCGUUGAUGCUGUUAUGCAUUCCGGCAUAUUUGGCCGUCCUCUUUGAAAAUAUUUGCGCAGACGGCUUUGCAAGAAGGGAUGUACUGCAAGCUUCAAAGUAUGUAGAUAAUCUUGGCCUGCUAUUGGAAGAAAUUGAGUACAUUUAUAAAGAAAAUGGGUGUUUAUCUAACGAGGAUGGGGAGGCCCGAACAAAGGUUCGAAAAGCCGUGCAGCAACGAAAUAUGCGGAUGUUUCUUCAUAAGAAAACCUCGCUUCUCCUUGAAAGGCUUGGAGGGGAAAUCCCCGUAAACCUUGACGAGGAUGAUCUUGCUAUCACAUGGCUUCAUUAUUUACAGGUCUUUCUAUAUUCUCGACAAACAAUGCUGGAUCAGGAGAUACAAUUGCUAGCCCAUGAAAGCACCCAAUCAGAAACUUAUGCUAGGCCAAUGUUUGUACACAAGAUACCCUCAAGAGAGCAGAUUAAAUCGAAAGUUUUUACUGCUUCGCAUAACCUACCGACAAUGACGAUGUCAGAAUUCAUCAAAAAAGAAAUGGAAAUCGGAAAUAUAAUAACUGGCACUCAAAAUGCCCAAAAUGCAGGUCCAGAACAAGAGCAGGACGAAGAUCUCGGCGAAGAUCAAGACGAAGAUAUCCGCACAUUGAGGCAAUUAGAUGAGUAUCGGGAUGGUAUGUUUAUUUCACCUAAUUUGCAGACCACCGACGGGGAUCAGGGAACACCUUCAACAGAAGCUAAGCUGUUGAACGCGGUCGCGUUUAAUUAA